AUUUAUUUUUACUUAAUGUUUAGCUAUCGAGAGGGAAAGGAGUCAAAUAUGGCGGUCAUGGAAGUGGAACUCCCUUCAGGCUAUGUGGCGGACAUGGAGUCACUGCCCGGCUCUCCAGACAUUAAACGCGUUGACACCACAAAGGGAGACACUAAUGUUGUCAUAUAUUUCGAUAGAAUAACCCGAUCGAAGAUCUAUCUGACAGUCUGUGGCCAUCGGACCCAUCGGGUGGUCAACACUAAAGCCGUUCCCAUCGUUGUCUACGACUACUAUAAUCGGCAACAAAGCGCUCAUUAUAGUAAACUU